CACAGGCAGAAAGGGCAGACUCCAGCGUAAAUUUCCAGGCAACAAGUGGCUGACUUCGCCGCGCAAUGCGCCCUCUCCAUUCUCGUCGCCUUAGCACUAAAAGUGGUUUUGCCGGCCUACCGGCUGGCUGGCUGACGUUGAAAUGCUGGUGAUGAUCGGCAAGGAGUGCACUGCCUACCGGCUGGCUGGCUGUUGCCAGACGGUCUGAAACUAGUAGGGUCACGAGUAGUCGCGAGUACUAGUUCUAAUACCGCUACCAGAAGUUUAACUACUACUAUACUACCGCUAUUCAGCAGCAGUGAAUUUGUCCACGAGCCGAGCGCGAUGCGGGCGGCCACGGUAAUAAUGUCAACGCGCCUACUGUCGACGCGUCUACUGUCGACGACAGUCGUGGCGCUGCUGGCGCUAAACAGAGUAAAGUUAAACCUUCUUUGCUGUGCCACGUGCCACGUGCCACGUGCCCGCGGCACUGUGAUACCGUGCUAAACUGGAGUUUGUACUAGUAAUCGAAUUCCUCGGAACUUCAAACUCGUGUUCGGACCAAAUGUGUAACGAGCUCUCUCGGAUAGAUGGUACGUCCCAUUUCAGUGUUCGGACAUUGCUACCUCCUUCGUGUGACAGUUCUAGUUUCGAUUUGAUUCGACUCAAAACGAAACUAGUAUGAUACAAUCACAUUGCCACCUCCUUCGUGUGAUACUAUACGAACGAAACUUCUACGAUACAAUCACAUUGCCACCUCCUUUCGCCCAUUUCAUACGUGACGAGUAAAACGCUCGCUCUCUCUUUAAUCUGUAACUCAUAUCCUCCUCUCCUGGUAACCUUCCAGCCCUCCCUCCCCAACUUUUGAGGCGCCUCUAAAACUUUGAGCCGCCGCAAAAGUCGUCUCCUUUACGAUAGAACGACUAACUCAUACCCUCCUCCCUUAGUACCCUUCCGCUCCUCCCUCCCGAAUCCCCAUGGAGGGCCGGAUACUGCGAGAGAUUCGGUGCCAUGCUAAAGCUUGAAAUACGCGGCAGCAGCACCUUCGUAUCGUGCCACCUGUGUUUGAGGGUAAUCUCAUAUCCUCCUCUUUUGGUAACCAGAUGGCUACUCUUCGUGCUGCUGACGGGGGUGUUGACGGGGGUAAAUAUUCCCCAUCGACAAAACGCAACUCUCGUUUCUCUCUCCCACCAACGCCUCCUACUAACCCCGCAGGCUAUCGAUCGUGAGCCCUAUGCGCGCUUCCAUAAGCUGUGUUCCUGUGUUUCCAGUGACCACUGCAAUAGAAGACCGGUUUGUCCCCCCCCAUGUGGACUUUGAGUACCCGACGCCCUCUGUGGCACGGCAUGGCGGGACGAUUACAUCCGCCUGCACUCCGCCAUUCGCGCCGCCAGUGCCGCCGCCUACAACUCCCUCCUCCCUCUCCUCCUCCUCCUCCCCCUCCUCCUCCCCCGGCCCCAUCUCAAGGAAUCAAUGCUCCUUCUCCCUCCUCCCUUGCCCCUCUUCUGUCUUCCGCUGCCCCACUACAACCGGCCCCCCCACCAACCUCGCCCCCACUCCACCACCAGCCUCCGCCCCCGCCCCUUCUCCCACCACUGCACCCCUCCCGCCCUCCUCCCCCCGGUUUCUCACGUUCGACCAGCCGGGGCCGUGCGGCGGCUUCGGGGACUUCCUAGUGGGGGUGGUGUCGCUCUUCGCCGUCGCGUUGCUGGACCGCCGGGCGUUCAUAAUCCGCCACGACUGCCUCCCAUACGCCUUUGAGCCCGCGUUCAUCGACUGGCGAGAGUCCCCCGAUGUCCCCCUGGAGCCGUCUUAUCAAGGGAACUAUGUAAAUGGGACGUUUCCGGAGGAGAGAAUUCCGCGUAUAAACCUGCACGAUCAAAGAGUGGAUUUGCAGGAGUUUGCGAAACUAAAGGCGUUUAGGAAUGUGAGGGUGCUGUGGAACCGCGGCAUGCUAACGGAGAUUCUUACAAGGGGGACGGGCGAGUGGGCGGAUGCGCUCAGGGCGACGGGGUUGCGCCCACCGUAUGCCUUCGGUUGCAUUCUCCGAUUCCUCGUCAGACCCAGGAAGGAGAUAUGGCCGCUGAUGGAGCACCUGCUACACGAGAUGCAAGGGGCGCGGACAGUGACGGUGGGGGUGCAUGUGCGGCUGAACGACGGGGUGAUAAAGAGAGAUAACGUGUCGGAGGAGAGUGUGAAUGCGACCACCAUGCUUAAAGCCCUGAGGAGCGUCAACUUCAUGCUCGACUGUGCCCGGGCAGUAGAGGACAUGUGGUACCCGCCACCCCUCUCCGUGCGCUGGAUGCUCAUCACCAACUCCAUUCACUACAAGAUGGCCGUGCGAGAGAAUUUCCCUGGCAAGGUCUUGGAGACAAAUUUCGUUCCGCAUCAUUCCGCAGAAUUCGGGCAGAAAGGGGAUCCAAAGGAAGUGCAAGGCUUUCGAGAGAUGGUUGCCGAUUGGCUGCUGCUUUCCAGAAGCCGAGUGUUUGUGAUCAUGGUGUCUGGUUUCUCCCGCACUGCCGCAAUGUUCUCUCUAAGACCCACAGCUAUAUUCACCCCUCUGAAGCACUGUGAUCCGGAAACACCUUAUUUGUUGAGUGAUUUUGGCCUUGAAUACAGUGGCAUUUGAUGGACUCAACUACUGAAGAGUAUCCACGACAUCUCCUUAUUUGCAGAAGUGCACCGAUACCAUAUCUGGAAAAAGACAGCCUAAUCAAGGUGUAUUGUUUCG